GCUUUGACGUUGUUUUCUUCCUGGUUGUGGUGGACAGAAAAGCCGAGGCGCAGUGGGGUGAGGUCUGACGUAAUCGGCAACAAUGGAGCGAAUCACUCUUUAUUUCUCAGGAAAACAAGCGACUUCACGGACUUAUUGAGGCUGUGAAACGGCGUUUAAUGUGGACUCUCAGGGCUAUAUUUGGGAGCUGGUGUUCCGGAGUUAACGCUACAUGCACCUGCCAGCUGUUCUUUGUUUUAUUUCUGACUCAGCUUCGUCUAGUUUUUCUGCGUCAAACUCUAGUAUCCCAACACGAAGCUGGCCAAAGAACAUGACGAGGUAAUAAGUGCGUGCGUGCAGAAAUGUUCUGUGUAAAAUUGGUCUUGCUGGGUUGUUUCUAACCGCAAAUAGAUACCAAUGGCGUCUUCCAAAGCAAAGGUCGACCUGAGCAACGACACCAACUGUCUUAAAGAAAGUUGUGCUGGAGACACAGCUGCUCAUCACCGUCUCUACAGUCUGGAUCAGCUGGACAUCAUCGCCACUGUGGGCACGGGGACAUUUGGUCGAGUCUUCCUGGUGAAGGACAAGAAGGUCAGGGCCUUUUAUGCCCUCAAGCAGAUGAAGAUUGCCGAUGUCAUUCGACUGAAGCAAGAGCAGCACGUUCACAAUGAGAAGGAGGUGCUGACAGAAGUCAGCCACCCGUUCCUUAUCCGACUGUUUUGGACAAACCAUGAUGAACACUUCCUCUACAUGCUGAUGGACUAUGUUCCUGGAGGAGAGCUAUUCAGCUAUCUACGCAGCCUUGGACGCUUCAGCAACACCACUGGCCUCUUCUAUACCACUGAAAUUGUAUGUGCUAUCGAGUACCUCCAUUCAAAAGAAAUUGUUUACCGUGAUCUGAAGCCAGAGAAUAUCUUACUUGACAUUGAAGGACACAUCCGUCUGACAGACUUUGGCUUUGCUAAGAAGCUUUCUGACAGGACCUGGACACUCUGUGGCACUCCUGAAUACCUCGCUCCUGAAGUCAUCCAAAGUAAAGGUCACUGCCGAGCAGUGGACUGGUGGGCCUUGGGUGUUCUCAUCUUUGAAAUGUUGGCUGGGUACCCACCUUUCUUUGAUGACAAUCCAUUUGGAAUCUACCAGAAGAUACUAGCUGGAAAACUGGAAUUCCCACGACAUCUGGAUUUCUGUGUAAAAGACCUUGUCAAGAAAUUUCUCGUCAUUGACCGAGCCAGACGGCUGGGCAACAUGAAGAAUGGAGCAGAUGAUGUGAAGAAGCACCGCUGGUUCAAGACAGUAGACUGGGAGGCAGUUCCUCUAAGAAAAUUAAAGCCACCCAUUGUUCCUAAAGUCUCCCACGAAGGCGACACGUCCAACUUUGAUGUAUAUUCUGAGGAUGACUGGAAGAAAGACCCCCCUGUGCCGCAGAAGGAUCUAGAAAUCUUCAAGAGCUUCUGAGGGAUCAGCUCAGUUUACAGUAUUUAUUGAUAGAAACUCCUUACAAAUGCCACUUACAUAUUUGUGUAAAGUGAUAGUACUGUCAGAGGUACCUUUUGUGUACAAAAUACCAAUUUAGUCAAGCUGGAGCUUUGUUUUAGAGUGAUAAUAGCUCCCCAAAGACAAACUCUAAGCACUUGAUUCCAUUCUGUAUCACAUUGCACAUUUAUAGAUAAUCUCCUUUUUAUAUUUUUGUUUGAUGGGGAAAGGGGGAUGACUCUGAUACUGUUCAUAUGCAAAAAAAAAGUGAUUCCUUUUAAACCAAAUGACUGUUACCUUCUAAGUUUAACAAAAGAAUCAGGUUGCUUUUUAUAUAUACAUACAUAAUAUGUAUGUGUGUGUUUUCGAAAUAGAUCUCAGCUGUUUGUUGUUAAAUGUUAAUGUUGCCUGGUGUAAAUGUGUGUUAAUAGACUCGAGACUUCAUUCUGACCAGUGCUGUAUUUGUAUCAGCUGACCAGAAAUCAUCACUGUGGGAUUUUUUUCUUUUUUUAAACUAAUUUCCUUGCUGUUUGUUCUUAUUAGUCAAUGUUUUUUUUUUUAUGUGAAAACCCAUGAGCAGAACCACUUGAAAAAAGUGCUUUACCUUGUUUUUGUUGUUUUUGUCCCAAUUGUUAUUUACUGUUCCCAGAUUAUUUACAUUUGAUGUUACAUAUGCAUUUGUUCAACAAUUUCACAAACUUGUUUGUGCUCAUUGUAAGUGUUGUCAUGCCUUUGAGGCUCAUUCCUAUAAGAUUGAAGAUGUAGAGGUUUACUGUACAGUUCACCUGGUCAGUAUUCAUUAUCAUUUCCUUUUAUGGUGUCAUUUAGGCUUAAAUGAGAUGAAUUUUCUAAUGAUCUUGGCCUUUAAAAUAAAACUCAGUUAUCAACA